AUGGUUAGGCUAGAGGGGAAUGGUUUGAGCCAUGGUCAGAGAGCACUGAGCAGAGGUGCUGGACAUACUAAGGUGAGAUAUCCAGCUCUAGUUUUUGCUGCACAUCGUCGAGAGGAUGAAGAUGCUUCGAAUGUUAUCAUAGGUAUGAUCUUUAUCUAUUAUGUACCCUAUAUUGCACUGAUAGAUAUAAGAUCUAUUCAAUCCUAUAUAGCUUGUACUGUGUCUAAGACUUUGGGUAUCUUGGUUGAGAGCACUAUGAGUGAGGUUACUGUACUGAGUCUAUUGGGACAGUCGGUGAAGGUAAAUAAACUAUUUAGAGAAGUUCUUUUGGAGAUUCAAGGGGUUAUCUUUUUGGUAGAUUUGAUGGAACUUCCUUUUCAAGAGUUUGAUUUAAUACUAGAAAUGGACUGGCUGGUUAAACACCGAGUGAGUUUGGAUUGUGCCACUAAACGGAUGGUACUGAGAACUGUGGAGGACGGCAAGGUAAUUGUAAUUAGGGAACGUCAGAACUACUUGUUGAAUGUGAUUUCUGCAAUGAGGGCGGAAAGGCGCUACCACUCUGAUCAUAUUAUUUCGGUUGAGGAGAUUGAGGUUAGGCCAGAUCUGACUUUUGAGGAGGAACCGGCUCAGAUAUUAGAUCGUGAUGUAAAGGUUUUAAGGAGGAAGUCUAUCCCAUUGGUUAAGGUUCUUUGGUGUAAUCAUAGCUCUGCGGAGGCUACGUGGGAGCCUGAGGAUGUGAUGCGACAAUAG